AUGGCUGCUACUCAGAUUCCCGAAGGUGGUACUUACAUCGACACCUUCAAGGGCAGCUUCACCACUGUCCCGAUCGACGCCGAAAAUGCCAACGCCAUUUCGACGACCGAGUUCCUCGAUGCGUCCGAGUCUCUGACCACCAUGUUUGAUCUUCUUGGCUCCGUUGCCUUCUCCCCGGUCAAGAAGGACGUGCUCGGUAACGUCGAGAAACUCAGGAAACGCCAACUCGCUGCCCCUCUCGAGUCCCAGAACAUCCAGGACCUCGUCCGGAACGAACUCAAGACCAAGUCCCACACCGCCACCGAGGGUUUGCUAUGGCUGGUCCGGGCCCUUGAAUUCACCUGUAUCGCUCUCAGCCAGAACCUGGCCCAGGAGACGACCGAGCUCUCCGACUCCUUCCGCGACGCCUACGGUGUCACCCUCAAGCCCCAUCACAGCUUCCUUGUGAAGCCCGUCUUCAGCGCCGCCAUGAGCGCUUGCCCCUACCGCAAGGACUUUUAUGUCAAGCUCGGCUCGGACCAAGAGAAGGUUAAGGUGGAGCUGCGCCAGUACCUCGAAGCGUUGGAAAAGGUCGUCGGCAUCCUCAAGGGGUUCCUCGACACCCCGGAGGCUAAGUGGUAA